UUUUAAAUCCUUUUUUAUUAGCUAGCUGCAUGAAAACUCAUACUAUAAGAACAAAACCUUGAUUCCAAAACUCUCACACACACUUUCCUUUUUUAUUCGUCUCAAUCUCUCUCUCUCUCUUUCUCUCAUGACGAGUGGUGGCGGAAGCCUCAAAUUAGAGAUCCACGCCGACGAUAAGGCGCCGGGAAAGUGGAGCGUACCACUCGGCGAGGAAGUUUUCCGGAGGUUCUUGAGCGGGGGAGGAGGCUCAGAGAAGGCUGUGUUCGGCGAGGGAUCUCUUUUCAGCCCCUUUUUGUUCGGGAAGUACUUUGAUCCGUCAGAUGCGUUUCCGUUGUGGGAAUUCGAGGCAGAUGUUUUGCUGGCGAGCCUCAGGAGCUUAGGACAGUGUCGAGUUGAUUGGUCUCAGACCGAUCAAGCUUAUGUCCUUAAAUCCGAUCUACCCGUGGUGGGGAAAAAUAACGUGCAGGUAUACGUGGACAUUAACGGAAAAGUGAUGGAAAUUAGCGGCCAAUGGAACGGUAACAAGAAAACUGCGAUCAACGGCGACUGGAGAAGUGGCCGGUGGUGGGAAUACGGCUACGUCCGCCGUCUCGAGCUUCCCGGUGAUGCCGACCCCAAAAACUCCGAAGCUUUCCUUUCCAUCAAAGAGGACUACUCUUUCUUAGAGAUCAAAAUCCCCAAGACUAAUUCGAAGAACAAGUUUUAAUCUGAUAUGUCGACCAUGAUGAGUAUUAGGUUUAGGUUUUUUUUUUUUUUUUAAUUAUAGAAUGAUAUGUAAUGAUUUCUGUGGUGGACACAAUGUUUAUGAAUGAUAAUAUAUUUGAUCAAUAUCGAUUAUAACAAAUGAAUUUACUAGAAUUACAC